CAGCGCUGUCGCUCCCGCUGCCCGCUCGGGCCCGCUCGGCUGUGAGGGGGCGCGGGGCAGGCCGGGAAGGGCGCGGGGCAGGCCGGGAGUGCCCCGGUACUGGACACGGGGGCAGCGGCAGCGAUAGCAGCACCGGCGGGAUGUGGUACGAGAUCCUGCCCGGCAUGGCCAUCAUGGGCGUCUGCCUCAGCAUUCCCGGCAUGGCCACCGUCUUCAUGCACCGCUGGUGCCACGGCGACAAGGAGAAGAGGAUCGCCCGCUAUCCCUACGAAUGGACCCUGAUGGAAAGGGACCGGCGGCUGUCGGGUGUCAACAAGCACUAUGUGUCCAAGGGUCUGGAGAACAUAAACUAAGGUGUCGUCAGCGCUUUGAAAAAUUCUUGUGUCUGUAGAAAAUUGUUUCACUCUUAAAUAAAGCUAUACAUGUGUUCA